UCUGUCAUCACAUUACCCACAUCCACCCCUCGCCCUCCGCGGGACACUUCACAAUGGACUAUCAUCUCUCCACCCUCUCAAACACCCUCUCCACCAUCCGCUCGCUACAAGAACAGCUCCUGAACAAUGGCAGCCCACAGCCCUUUACCAAUGCCUUUCUCUCCUCUCAGCAGCCCGACUCAUUCAACAAGGCCGUAGACCAAUUCAUCCGCGAUACCAGUCCUCUCGAAAAGCGUCUCUUCCACUUUCCACCCGUCGGAGGCAUGUUCGACGAGGCUGGCAAGGAUGGACAGCACGCUGCUUCGGGCAAGAGGGAUGUAGAGGAGGAAGCGGCUGAUAUCGCGGCGGAGAUUGUGCCUAGAAAGCCAGAAGUGAGAAACGUGUCUAUCCCUACGCCGCUCAGGUCCACCACGGCCACUUCUGGUGGCAGAGGAGCAUCCUCUAGGUCGGGUCUUGGCGCUACGGGAGGUGCUGGAGGUGCAAGCAGUGAGGCCCUCAUGGCCCAAUACGACGCUCGAGCUCUCCUCGUGGCAGCUCAGCGUCUCAACGAGAAUUACCAACGCCUUCCACGCAACCGAAAGCACAUCCGUAUCCUCCUCAAGAAGCACAACGAGUCUGCUGGACAAGUCGAGGGAAACAAUGUCCAGGCUGCCAAGAUUGAAGAGGUCCUCACGCGCAUCGCAAACGGUGAGGACGUCUCGAGCUUGGAAGAGCUGCCGGCGCUGUUGAGUAAUGGAAGUGAAGGAGGCGAGAAGGUCAAGGCUGAGGAGGAGAAGAGGAAGAGACAAUUGAGAAAGCUCAAAGAGCUCAGGGAGAAGGCGCAGAGAAUCAAGGAUGAGCUCAACAGAGAGGAGAUGGAGGUGCUGGCCUUGGAGGAGAUGAGGGAGGAGCUGCUUCAGCAGAAGCGAGCCUUGGCCGGACAGAGGGCCACAGCCAGUGGGUCCGGCUCCACGGCUGGCUCGGCAUCCACAGCUGCUCGCAAGUUGGCAGGUGGUGCUCCCCAAGCUGCGAGAGGCAUCCCACGGCCAGCGAAUGCUGCCACUGCCGCCAGCUCCAAGCAAAGCUCUACAGCUACCCGCAACUCGGAAGCUGUCGCAAAGGUCUUCUCCACCGGCGCUAAAGAGAGGGGCAGCAUCUCUCCCGCAGAGGAGAUGAAGAAGAAGAAGGUCACUCCCACUGCCACUCCUCCUCGUCCGGCUAGCACGAAGAAACCUGCUGGCAUUGCUUCCUCCUCAUCUCCAGCAGCGUCUUCUCCGCUCGCCGCCAGAGACACCGAAGACGAUGUCACUGUCCGUUUGAAGCCAGAGGAGAUUGCAGCUGCCAAAUCAGCUGUUGCAGCGAGUGCCUCUCCCAGAGCCCGCACAGAAGGCCCCGGCACACCUCGUCGAGGCGGAGCUGCUGCUACCGCCGCCUUAGCCUCAGCAGGCACACCAACGCGCUCCACACCCACCCGUGCCACUCCUCAGAAGAAGACUUCCCGCGAUCCAGAGGCGACGGACGAGCUGGAGCGUCUUACAGAGAAGAUUUGGGACGCCUUUGGGGAACAUCUCCGCUUCUUCAACCCUUCCCUUGAAGCAGCCGACUUCUCUACCACUCUCGGCCUGCUGCGCAAAUCCAUUGCCGCAAGUAGCAGCAACACCGCUCCUUCUGGCUCUUCGGAUCCAUCGGCUGCAAGAAAGGACGAUGCCAGCUCCGUCACCUCUUCCGACGCUCCUUCUUCCAGCAGCGCAGGCUCAUCGGCAACUCUCACUGGCAGUGCCGGCGGGCAAGGUGGAAGUGUAGCCGCUCCAACACUGCAGAGUCGCUUCUCGUCCCUGAUCCUUCUGCAGCUCCUUCUCUCUCCUCCACCUGAACACUCCAUUGAUUUCCCCGCUCUCAAGCUCAAGGGCAAGGAAUGGUUCGAUGGUUUAGAGCAAGCCGAUAAGGCUGCGGGACCUGAAGGGGCAGGGGCGGUCGGUGAGACGGAAGAUGGAGAGGGGCUGACUACAAAGGCCGUUUAUGCCCUGGUUGCCAAGAGGCUACUGCGCGUCAGGCGAGCGGCAGGUAAGGCUAGAAUUGGAUUCAGCUGAUGGGGGGGAAGUCAGUAGAGAAGCCGAUUGAGAGAGAGAGCAGCGGAAGGAUCCAGACACCACCACCGCCUCGCCUGAGAAGCUUUUGUUGUACAUGUGAUAUUGCCUUGAAAUGCGAAGAUGCGUCACUCUCUCAGUGACCCUACCUACU